AUGCAGAACGAGUGGUUAGACAUAGGAGAUUUUUGCAUCCCAUUAGCAUUAAAAUGGCGCACUUUAAUUUAUGAUUGGUCGCCAGCAUUGCUAAAAUUCUAUCUCAAUGCGUUCCAGAUGACUCUCCCAGAUCAGAGUAAUUUAGUAAGAUGGGGUAAAAGUACCGAAAAAACUUGCUAUAUCUGUGGAAAGGCAAUUGGAACUGCUAAGCAUCUGCUGGUGGGAUGUAAGGUACUCCUUGACAGCGGUCAAUACUCGCGUCGUCACGAUAGGGUUCUAGAAGUCAUACGUGAAGCGGUUAGUCUUUCGGUAGCCAGAGCGCAAAAGGGAAUAACCACAAACGAACGAUCAGUAGGUUUUGUGAGAGAAGGCACUAGGGCUACAAAAUCAAACGUCAAGCCUUACUCCAUCCUUAAAGCGGCGUCGGAUUGGACUAUAAUGAUGGACACGUAUGAAAAACAAUAUAAAAUCCCCGAGGAUAUUUGUGCGUCGGCCUCCAGACCGGAUAUAUUUUUGUUUUCGCGAAUUUUAAAGCGCGUAGUGAUGAUAGAGCUUACGGUCCCUUGGGAAACCAACAUCCCCAAAGACCAUACCAUCAAGGUCAACAAAUAUUACGAGCUCACAAACGAACUCACUCGAAAUAGGUUCGUAGUAGAUUUGUACGCGGUAGAGGUGGGAGCGAGAGGUAUAACAGCGAAAUCUCUCUAUAACCUACUAAAGGACUUGGGCUUGUCCAGAACUGACAUUAAUGCAUUCUUGGAACGUACAUCGAAGGCAGCCCUAGUAGGUUCUUUUCAAAUUUGGUUAGGUAGGGAGAGGAGCUUGGACAGUGGAGGUGAGCGUAUAACGCGCGUUAGUUAA